ACCUUAAUUAAUGUCUUUAUUUUUUCAGCAUUUUCAAUAUCUUGUCCAGCAGUUGAAAAGAUCAAAUGUGCAAUGCUCAUAUAAUGAUCACUUGGCAUUUUAGUAAAAAACCUAAACACAAUCCAAUUAACUUUUAAUUUAAGGUAUGAUAAACCAGAAAAUAAAAAAUCAGGAAAUAUAAAAUACAUACCGACUGUUUUUUUCUUCUUCCAAUUUAUUUUCCAGCAAGUCAACGUCCAUCCAUUCUGGUGGAAUUAUAGUACAUUUUUCUUUCUUCCGUAGAGUAAUAGCAACCCAAAUAGGUAAUGAAACAGGAAUUCCAGCUCGAAAUGGUCCUAUAUCUCCAGCGAUUAAAUGUAUUCGUCGCAUAUCACUAAACUUUGGUAUGAUGGAAAUAUAUUCUUGCUCUGCCAUAAACUCUAUUUCUGCAGGAUCCAUUACUUAGCAUGGCUAUAAAACAGAAAGAUAAAGUUUUGCACAAAAUUGAAUAACUUAUGAAGUAAAAUAUACGAAAUUCCAAUCCAGCUCGCGAUCUAAUUGAUCAAAACCGCCAAAAGGUAAUUGACACUGCCAACUUGAUUAAAGGAGGGUUAUAAAUUUGCCACAUAUGUUCCUGCAUCAUCUGAUUGUGAAUGUUUAACAACAGCUGCUUGAAAGAAAACAGUCGAAAUGGUCAAACUGAUUAACAUUCAACAAAUUGCUACCAGAAUACUUCAACGGACAAUUACUACGAAAUGAAAACAUAAAUCAGAGCUGUCCAGUGAGAUUGUUGCUGUUGAUUCAUCAUUUAUGGGGCUGACAAUUCAGUAAAUUUCAGUUUUAUAAUGGCUAGCGUUGUUGACCAGACUCCAACUACUGCUGAAAACACUUCCAAUCUUCUCUCUCCCAAGAAAGAUCCUGCUAUUCCUACAGUUGAUUACUCAAGCAUCCGUGCUAAGACAAGUCUUGUAAGUCCAACAUCUGAGCAAUAUGACUUACUACAAUGCAAGCUGAAAGAAAGAAUUGAAAAUGGUCGAGGAGAAACUAUUUUUGAAGUUGGAGUUGGGGAAGAUGGAGGUGAAUCUGGUUUAAGCCCAGAUGAGUAUGAUGCUGCAGUUGCUACUCUUCAAUCUUUAGCAUCCACUUUGGAUGCAGAUUGUGUAUUACUAAGAAAUAAAAAAGGUGAAGAAGGUAUCACAGGUCAAUAUUUGGUGAGGAAAAGAGUCAUUGAACAAGAUUUUCUUGAAAUCAGAGUUGCAGUAGUUGGAAAUGUUGAUGCUGGUAAAUCUACUCUUCUUGGUGUGCUUACACAUGGAGAAUUGGAUAAUGGACGGGGGCAUGCUAGGCAGAAACUGUUCCGACAUAAACAUGAAAUGGAAUCUGGAAGAACAAGUUCUGUAGGAAAUGAUAUUCUUGGGUUUGACAGCCUAGGAAAUGUUGUCAAUAAACCUGAACAUGGAUCACUUGAUUGGGUUAAAAUUUGUGAACGUUCUUCUAAAGUUAUUACUUUCAUUGAUCUUGCUGGGCAUGAGAGAUAUCUUAAAACAACAGUAUUUGGGAUGACUGGUCAUGCACCUGAUUUUGGAAUGUUAAUGGUUGGAGCCAAUGCAGGGAUUAUUGGAAUGACCAAAGAACAUUUGGGCUUAGCACUUGCUCUUUCAGUCCCUGUGUUUGUUGUUGUUACCAAAAUAGAUAUGUGCCCGCCUAAUGUUCUACAAGAUACUCUUCGACUUUUGACGAGGGUGCUGAAGUCUCCCGGUUGUCGGAAAGUGCCAAUAAUGGUAAAAACUAAGGAUGAAGUUAUUAUAUCUGCAACCAACUUCGUUUCUGAAAGGCUAUGCCCUAUAUUUCAAGUAUCAAAUGUUAAUGGUGAAAACUUGGAUCUUCUAAAAAUGUUCCUCAAUUUAUUAACAACAAGAAUGACUUGCCAGGACUCAGAGCCUGCUGAAUUUCAGAUAGAUGAUACAUAUUCCGUUCCCGGUGUUGGAACAGUUGUUUCUGGAACUACAUUGAAAGGUGUUAUUCGGCUCAAUGACACAUUAAUGCUUGGACCAGAUCCUGUUGGUCAGUUUAUUCCUAUUGCUGUCAAAAGUAUACACAGGAAAAGGAUGGCUGUAAGGCAAGUCAGCGCAUCUCAAACUGCUUCAUUUGCCCUAAAAAAGAUCAAGAGAUCUCAAAUAAGGAAAGGAAUGGUGAUGGUCUCACCAGCUCUUAAUCCUUCGGCCUGCUGGGAGUUCGAAGGUGAAAUCCUUGUACUUCAUCAUCCCACCACUAUCAGUUCUAGAUAUCAAGCUAUGGUGCAUUGUGGAAGUAUACGCCAGACGGCUUCAAUUCUCUCAAUGUCAGAGGAGUGUCUUCGUACUGGUGAUAAAGCAGUUGUUCAUUUCCGAUUCAUUAAACAUCCUGAAUAUUUAAAACCUGGACAGAGGCUAGUGUUCAGAGAGGGCAGGACUAAAGCUGUAGGCAAUGUUUUACGAGUAUUCCCUUCUGUUGGAUCUAAGUUGUCAACAUCAGUUCCAUUGAAACAGCAUAAAAUGCUUUCUUCCCAUCAGCAGGGAAGUAUUGAGCAUGAGGUCGAAGGGAGUGCAGCUGACAAACGAGAAAACACUCCUCAGAGAACAGGCCAGGGUUGUACGAAGAGAGGGCGUGGAAGACGAGGUGGGAGGGGACGAUCAGGACAGGGUGGAGGUAAACCACUGGCGGAACAGAACCAGCCUGCGAGGACAGUACUUACUCCUACCAAGAUACCUUCUAAUUGAAAUAAAAAGGAGCAACACAAUUGAUUACUUCUACUGCACAUCAUUAUCAACACUUCCUUUUGUUCUACUUAACGGAUUGAAGGAAUAACUUUCUCUAUUUACCUCUGUAAUUCUCAUCAGCGAUAUAUCUCACUGGAUUACAGAAAUAUGAAAAUCAGCCUCAUGACAAAUAAAAUGAUGUAUUAAGAAAAGUUUUUAUUUGAUUUGUGAAUAAGUGAUUGCUGUGAAUUUUACAAUAAUCACGAGUUUACCCCAUACAUAAAUGUUCUAUGCAUAUAAGCAAAGUGAAUAAAAACCAGAAAAAGAAGAUGAAAAAUGCUAACUAAACUGCAUAUUAAUAAUCUACACACAGGCUUGGGGAUUGUAAGUAACAGGACUAUUACUAUUUUAAAACAACUUGUACCACCAAAUAUAAUCAUUACAGUGAAAAAGAAGCCAUUACUUGGAUCAAAAAGCAAGGAGGUAAUCACAGUGAACAAAUGCCCAUACAAACCAUAACCAAGUAAUGCAAGUAUUUUAGGCGGACUAAGAUUUGCAUUACCAAUUUUGGCAACUAUAAGACACACUAUAGGUACAAAAGUAAUAUAAUAGAGUAAAGUGACAGUGGGAGAUGUGAGAAUCAAUGCUUUUGGGUGUUUAUUGGCAUGACCGUAUUGUAGAACACUUGCCAAUAAAACAAGGGCUAUUAAAGGACCUACAAGAUCGACAUACACUUUUCUUGAGUUAUUGCCAAAUAUAGGUGGUAUAAAUGAAGACAAUAUUCUUUGAGGAAGCUCUAAAGGAGACACUAAAAAAUAAGCCACUAAUUUAUUUUUCUUAUAAAUGGUUUCUGGUCUAUUAAGUCUUUCAUACUCUACUUCAGGGUGUUCAAUAAAUAUCACUGAAUGGUUAUUCAUUAUUUAUACAGAUCUAUAAACAUAUAAAAUAGUCAACAUUAAAUGAACAUCAUUUAAUAUUUUUUUGCCUUCUCUUCCAAAUUUUCUUUCACCUUCUUUAAUCUAGCUUCUAACCGCUGGCCAAGGCUUCUAAAAGCUGCUUGAUUUUUCAAGUUAAAAAGUUUAUCACCUUCAACUGCCUUUGUUCUAUUGAUAAAGUAUACAACCCACUGUGCAGCUCUACGUAUAGGAUAAGAAUCAGCCAAUUUAUCUACAACUCUUUCAUUCAUUAAAAAUCUGGUGAUAAAUCUCCAAACCAUUUUUAGAUACUAGGCCUUAGGGAUGUCAAAAGUACACAUUGUCCUAUACUUUAAUAAUAAAUCACGCUUCAACUUUAGCUGAGUUCGAAGAGCUUCUAAUUUAUCCAACUGCUGCUCUUUGCUAUACUCGACACCAGGCAAUCUCUUUAU